GUCUGGCGAGCAAAGAUGUUGCAACGGUUGGCACCUGCCUCUUUACCCUCUUGUUGUGGUCAUGUGAGCACUGUGUUUAAGCCCUGUCUUGUUGCUUUCCUGCAGGUCCUCCAGAAGCUCGGGAAAGCAGAUGAAACAAAAGAUGAGCAAUUCGAACAGUGCGUGCAGAACUUCAACAAACAGCUGUCAGAAGGCAGCAGGCUGCAGAAGGACCUUCGAACUUACCUGACUUCCAUCAAAGCAAUGCACGAGGCCUCCAAGAAGCUGACAGAGUGUCUGCAGGAAGUGUACGAGCCCGAGUGGCCCGGCAGAGAUGACACAAACAAAAUAGCAGAGAACAAUGACCUCCUCUGGACAGAUUUCCAUCAGAAGCUUGUGGAUCAGGCGCUCUUAACCAUGGACACUUACCUUGGCCAAUUCCCGGACAUCAAAUCUCGCAUCGCCAAGCGGGGAAGGAAGCUUGUGGAUUAUGACAGUGCCAGACACCAUUUUGAAGCCCUACAAACCGCGAAGAAGAAGGACGAAACCAAAAUCGCCAAGCCUGUUUCGCUGCUUGAGAAAGCUGCGCCUCAGUGGUGCCAAGGGAAACUACAGGCUCAUCUCGUUGCUCAAACUAAUCUGCUCCGAAAUCAGGCUGAAGAAGAGCUGGUAAAAGCUCAGAAGGUGUUUGAGGAGAUGAACGUCGAUCUGCAGGAAGAGCUGCCUUCGCUAUGGAAUAGUCGUGUUGGUUUCUAUGUCAACACAUUCCAGAGUAUAGCGGGCCUGGAGGAAAACUUCCACAAAGAAAUGAGCAAGUUGAACCAAAACCUCCAUGAUGUCCUGUUGAGUCUAGACAAGCAGUGCUCCAGCAAUGCCUUCCCUAUCAAAGCUCAGCCAAGCGACAGUGCCCCUGCAAAAGCAAACAAAAGCCCUUCGCCUCCACCGGAUGGGUCCCCGAUCACCAGCCCCGAGACCAAGACUGUCAACCAUGAGCCGGAGCCGUCCUCCUUGGAGACACCUGGGGCAGGCAUCCCAAAGUCGCCAUCUCAGUUGAGGAAAGGUCCUCCCGUGCCGCCACCUCCAAAACUCACCCCGUCCAAGGAGAUCAAGCAGGAGAACAUCAUCAGUCUGUUUGAUGACAAUUUUGUCCCCGAGAUAAGUGUGACCACUCCCUCGCAGUUUGAUGCCCCUGGGCCCUUCCAGGAGGGAGCCAGCCUGUUGGAUCUGGAUUUUGAUCCCAUUAAACCAGAUGCCGGUGUGGGGAAGGCACCCACACCCGUCUCCCAGUCUAUCCCCUGGGAUUUAUGGGAGCCUGCAGAUGCCGCUUCCGGCGGAUCCGAAGCAGCUGGGACAGCAGGAGCGGCAGCGGGAGCCGAAGCACCUAAAACUGAAGCUGACUCAGGAUCUGGCUCUGGCUCUCUGCCUGCUGUAGUUGUGGAAACUUUCCCAGCCACUGUCAAUGGGACCGUGGAAAGCAGCGGUGCCUCUGAAAGGGCCGACAUGCCACCGGGCUUCCUUUUCAAGGUCCAGGCCAUGCACGACUACACGGCCACGGACAGCGACGAGCUGCAGUUGAAGGCAGGUGACGUUGUGCUCGUGAUUCCCUUUGAGAACCCCGAGGAGCAGCUGGAUGCAGCUGUCAGAGCUAAGAAGUCACGACUGGUCCGGCUGCACAAGGAUGAAGGAUGGCUGAUGGGGGUGAAAGAAGCUGAUUGGCUCCAGCAUAAGGAACUUGACCAAUGCCGGGGGGUUUUCCCAGAGAACUUCACGGAGCGCGUGCAGUGAGAGCCCGGGUACCAGCUGGUUCUUCUGCAGGAAGAAAGCAAGUUUUCUGGGAGAUGGUUUAGGAGGAAAAAAAAAAAAGAAUUUUAAAGGAACAUAAACCUAAGAAGUGUCAACUUAAUGGGUGGGUUCUUCUCAAAGGGCAAGGUUUUAGAAGUAAAAUUGAAUUCAAAGUGUUAUUCAAAUAUAUACUUAUAAUAAUAAUAAUAAGGCAAGACAAAUACCCCUUUCCCCCUUUGAUUUAACAGCAUUUGAAUUCAGAGGGCCGAUUCAGAAGCGACGCAGUGUGGUUCCAGUAUGUACUGUGUUGGCUGGAUUUGGGGGAUGUCACUUGGGUACCUGGAAACGGCGACUAUCUGUCUGCUGCCCGGAGACGGGAAGCGCCGAUGACUCCCGGGUGGGUGGGUUCAGCUGGCUUGUGCUUGUGGCUCUUGGCAUGGCAUCCCUGACGAUUCAGACUCCCCAUAUGUUAGGACCUUUGGUAGGCCAAACAUCCCGUUAUGCUGUUGAAAAGACAUAUUUAGUGUACAGUGUUCACCAGUAUGAUGUGUGUGUGUGCGUGUGUGCGUGUGUGUGUUUUAUUUGCUUCCUUUGAAAACGUAACACGAACUGUGAUUUUAUACAUUUAAAGAACAAACCACCAAUGUUACCUGGGAGAGCGACACUUGGGAGGCAGUGCUCGAUCCCAAACUCCCCAAGACGCGGGAGGUGGAGUAUCGCAGCGAUAGUUGCCUUCCUGUGAAAUGUUACUUCAGGCAGAUCCUCCAAAUUAAGACAUUAAAAAAGCUGAAACUCUGGAUUGGUUGGCACAAGUUGUGAAAUGGAAAAGAACCGCCCCCCCCCACCCGCCCCAAAGUAGAUUCAUAUCUAUACGGAGAGAAAGAGUGGUGGUCCCGAAGGCUUGUGGUUUAGCAAGUGCACUUUUAAGGGCAGGGGUGGGAACAGGAAAGUUUACAAAAGCAUAGCUGAGAAAUGCCGCUGAGAAAACCAGUCUGCUUUCUGUGUUUCUGAUUGUGGGAUGCUUAUUUUUUGCUUUGAAGAUGCCUGUUAGACCUGCCUCCUCCAUUGCUGUGCUGGGGAAUAAGUCAAAGACGGAGAAAAGCUAGCUAUUUUAAUCUUUAUUUAAGAGCUGCAUGACUUUAUCCUAUCCCUGUGAGUUAGAAAAGGAGGGGAUAACAACAUGCCAUGUUCUAGUACUGACAGUAAUCUUCCCCACCAUUUUUAGCUCCUGUUUAGUUUUCUGGACUUGGUUUUCUUGUAAGCAACCAGGCUGCAAGGUGUUUACAAGGGAGUAUUAUGCUUGUCAAAAUCAACAGUUUAGAUCCUCCAAGACCCGCACAUCCCACAACGGUACUUUCAAUUUAUACUUGAACAUGGAUGCCGCUGGGCAAGCAGAUCAGAUCUUUUGUUAGGUCAUUCCCUUCUGCCCCAACUCCUUUUUUUUUUUUUCCUUUAAAGGGACCCUUAGGGGUGAGGCUACCUCUUGCUCUCCUGGGACAAGAUCACUGUAUGAAAUGACCCUUCUAUUUAAUACCCGCUGGCAGCAUCUGAGCACGUCCAGGAUGCUGGCCCAGUGACACUACUGAACCCCCCCUUCUCCGAUGCGCUCGGAUUUGCUUGUAGGAUAACAGGAAAACCAUCCUUCUAUUAUAGGUCAAAAGUGGACUUGUCUUCUCUUCAAGGGUCAGGUUUUGAUCUCAGUUACACUCCUGUGCAUUAAGGAGUGCUGGCGUCGUAUCUCUUUAAAGUAUUAUAGCUAAGUCCAGUGGUCCAACUUCUGAAUCCUGCAUCGGUGUAAGCGAGAUCAGACCUGGAUCCUUGGCCCCGGCUCCUCUUCAUAUUGUCUUUGUUUGCUCGUUUGUGUUUUGGGGGGGGAAACACUUGCUGCAAUGGAUAGUCCUUUCUUCUUUCCCCUCUGCCACGCGCCCAUAUACAAACUACAGCAUUUGAGAGCACACGCUCACAGCACUGCAGCCCUGGGCACAGUGGGUGAUGGUGCCGUGAGCCACUGCUAUAGCAUAUUCUCCUAUUUUUUUAAAUCAAGGUCGUCUUGAUCAUCCCACUGUCCUUUCAAAGCUCUAUUUUUAUGCAUUUAUACAAACCCAGUUACUCCUUCAAAGAAUAAUGUUAGAAAAAAGUUAUAAAUUUAUAUAGAAAUAUAUAUAUAAAAAUAUAAAAAUAUAACAUAGUGGGUUUAUCCUGUUUAACAUCAAACUCUUGGCUUAAAAGUGUUUAUUUUUAUGCAAAACCAGUGAAUUAUUCUAUCUUCCUUUUUUUUAAAUAUGACAAGAUUAUAAGACCCAGAGCUCCAGUUUGUUUCUCAAGUAUUUGUUUUCCUGGUGAGGAGCACCAUAAGAAGCUGUGCCGACUUCUAAUUUAUUGUGGAUUUCUUUUUUGUCUUGUGUUUUAAAAGCCAGCAUGUCACAAGAAAAACCCUUUCUUAGGACUUCUCAUUGUACGGAGCUUGCAAAGCAUCUAUCCAGUACUGUAUUGUCCCUCGCAGAAGUGGCACUGAGCAUCUGCAUGAUGGGGAUGCAGCUUUCAGGUGUAUUUAAACGCUCCCAAGCACUGCAGGAGGGUAAAGGGGAAGUGUUGCUCCAGAAUAAAAUUGCUCGGAGUAGAACGCAUGUUCCAGCCGCACAGUGUGCAUCCCAGAUAAGUCCGGGUCUUGCAUUACUCAGUGGGACUGUAGGGUAGCUGAGGAGUGCAGGAUUGGACCCAGCUUUUUCCAAGGAGCUGCAGCUUAGUAAGAGGCUGUUUGAUAUCGCAUGUAGUGUAGUGCAGAAAACAGGCCUGGCUUCCACGAGCCCAGUUUAAGCGCUGGUGUAGCUCACUAGAGAGCUCCAUUGAUUUCACUGCUGUUACAUCUGCUUUGCCCCAUGGCUGUAUUUGAACCUCCCCAGUGAGAUGAGCCCCCAGUCUGCUGGUUUAGUACGACGUGAGCAGCAAACGCCCAAGCGGAGCUGGACGCAUCGGUGCUUGCUCAGUUCGCUGGCUGAACUGAAAGAUAAGGAAUAGUUGGCUUACCCAGCAACACAGCUCGCAGUCGAGCCAUUCAACCCCAGACAAAACACUGCGGCCGGUUUUUGGGGGGAGUGUUUUCACUUUUGAGAGUCAUUUUCCGCAUGUUUGAUUUUGAAGCUUGUUUUGAAAAAGCUAAAACGUUGCUUAAAAAAAAAAA